GUUGUUUUCUUCUGACAUAUUUUUUUCGUACUACAUAUCUAACAUACAGUCUACCACCUGUCUACACUCAUCUGAAUUGACGCUCUUGUUUCGUUUGUUCUUUAAUCUCUGUCUGUUCCUUCUUACACAUUUGGUUUCGGUGUUGAUUGGUGUUUGGUUUCCGACACACUGUCAUUGGCUUUGUGUCAUUCAGCAUUGCGGACUUUAUUCACGAUCAAUCAAUUGAUUGAGCAGCAGAAAGAUGGCCAGCAGAAUAUUAGCAGGAAAGCUGGGAAUAGUGACGGGAGCCUCAAGAGGCAUCGGGUCCGCAAUCGCAGAGAACCUCGCUUCCAAAGGUUGCAACCUGGUGCUGAACUACACGUCCAAAUCCUCAACCUCGCUCACUAAGGAGCUCUCCAAGAAGCUCGAGGGCAAGUAUGGCAUCCAGACCUUUGGCGUGCAGGCGGACCUGGGGACGCCCCAGGGCCCGUCAGCCCUCAUCGCCGCCACCAAGGACCAGUUCCUGUCCUCGCCGCCCAGCCCAGAUGCCAAGUUCCAGAUCGAUGUGAUUGUCAACAAUGCCGGCGUCGCCCGCAACGGCAAGCUGGGAGGAAUCAAGGCUGAGGACUUCGACUUCACCUACCACGUCAACGUCCUGGGGCCCCUGCUCCUCAUGCAGGCCGCCGCGCCUUACCUCCCCACCGACCGCUCCGGCCGCGUCGUCAACCUCUCGUCCAUCUCGUCCGACUGCGGCUUCCUGGGGCAGUCCAUCUACGGCGGGUCCAAGGCCGCCAUCGAGGCCAUGACGCGCGUCUGGGCCAGGGAGCUGAGCGAGCGCGCCACCGUCAAUGCCGUCAACCCGGGCCCCGUCGAGGGACCCAUGUAUGCUGCCAACAGUGACGAGUUCAAGGCCGGCAUCAAGGGCUGGAUCGAGCACGCCCCGCUCAUGCGGGCGCGGCAGGGUGUGGACGCUGACGAGGUCGUCGAGGAGGCAAGAACGAGUGGUGGCAGGCCCGCCUAUGUCCACGAGAUCGCCGGGAUCGUGGGCAUGCUGUGCACGCCAGAUGCCGCGUGGUGCACCGGGCAGGUGGUCUGCGCGAACGGUGGUCUGUUGAUGCAUUAG